AUGAGGAAGAUUCCCGCAAACGAAACAGGAAGGUCCUCCCCCACCCUUACCCCCACAACCCCCACCGGCGCGACCCAAGGAAUCCUGUGGGGCAGCUCUUCAACCUUGAAAUCAGGAUCCCAACCUUCGUCCGGAAAUGCAAACACCUGGUCGAGCGGUAGUCAGUCCGUGGGCGGCGCUGCAACUUCAGGAGGAGGGGCGUCCGGCAAUGCACACGGGGGAGGCACGGGCGGAUCCAUGUUUGGUUCGCAGGAUCUGGCUCACCUCAAAUACUCGCGCGAGUUCAUCUUGAGCAUUUUUGAUCCAUCCCUUCCUGUGCCUCCGGACUUCACCCCGGCUGAUCCCAUGACAUCUGACCAUCCUCUGGAACCCAUGGCGAAUAUUCCUUUGAACGACAAUGAAAAGAAGCUGUUUACUUCUCAAUCGAUCAAUAGUGAGAUCAGUGCACGUCGUCCGCCUUACAGCAGAGGAGAUUCGAAGGACGGAACUAUACGCCCGCCUCGCCCGCCGGGUUCUGUGCAAAGAAGCUACUCCAACCGAGGUGACAACCGAGGUGACCGAGGUGGACAUCAAUAUCAGCAAGAUGGGACCCGACUUCCCAGGAGAGCCGACACUUAUGGUGGGGAGGAAGACCCUUGGGAUGCUCCUACCGGAGUCGGAUCAUUCUCCGGGAAUGGCGCCUUCAGUAAGGAAGGUGACGGUACCUCCACCAAGAAUGGGGUCGGGGAGAACGGCAGAGGUUCGGCGGUUUUGGCUGCGGAGCGUGGCCGGAAAUCUCCUUCCCGGAGCGUAUCUCCCAAUCAUUCGGAUAAACGAGGCCCCUCCCCGACGAAGCCUGCGCAGGGUCCCUUGGCAGCCGCUUCCACUCCGGUGGGAGCUCCAGCCACAAAUGACAGGACGCCCGCGUCUUCGAUUGGCGGCGCCGGCAGCAGUUCUAAAGCUCCCGACAACAAGGAAAACAAGGAGGCGUUCUCGUCGAAUGUCAACGCCUCCUUUGUCGAGAUGUUCAAUUCGUUCGGGUCCACGCCUCUUGGAAGUCCAAUCGGAAUGCCCACGACUUCUGGUCUGAGCAAGUUGGACACGCUUCCGUCCAUGAGCCUCGGAAAGCCCAUGCCUGCUCCGGGCAACCCUCUGGGUCUGAAUCGGUCUGACAUGGGUCAGGUGCCGUCGGCACACAGCGCGGCACCCCCCGGAAUGGUUGCCCCGCCUACUCCAUUUGUUCCGCAGAAAUGGCAGUAUAAGGACCCUAGCGGCACUGUGCAAGGACCGUUUUCUUCUCAGCAGAUGCAGGACUGGUACAGGUCCAACUACUUCAACGAAGACCUUCCCAUAAAACACGUCGACGACCUCACGUACCAACCACUUGGCCUGCUUCUGCUAAAGUUCGGACACGACCAGCCCUUCGUAGCUGAGGAAGCGGACGCCCAGCAACGCCAUCAGCAGGCCGAGCAGCAACGACGCUUGCCGACCUUCGGGACUCACCACCGCGACAUGUACGCGGAUAUGAGUGGUACGGGCGGCGCAGGCUUCGGCAGCGGCGCUUCGUACAACUCAGGCGGCCUGGCUGAUCCCUUUGGCCGUGAUCGAUACCCUACCGGAGGGUACGAUCCUAUGAACGCCCACCACCUCGCUCGCCCGUCCUGGACGGAAAACCCGAAUCACGCUGCUCUCGGCUGGGCUGGAUUGAACACCGAUCUGCAUUCCCCGUUCGGGAGAUCGUCGGUCGGCGCUCCAAGGUCCCCCGCGACUUCCCUGCAAAGCUCGUACUUUGACCCCUCGGGACAAGACAGGGCGCCGUUGGCUGGCAGUAUUGGACCCAAUCAGCGAUCUGCGGCAGCUGCUUUCACGCCUUUCGGAGCACCAUUGCAACAGCAGGUGUCUCAACCAGCGCCGCAAAGCCCCGCUGCAAACCUCUUCUCCGGACAAGCCCUCCUUGAUUUCUCUGGGUCAGCGGGCUCGCAGACUCCCAAGCCGGCGUCGCAACAGUCUCAGCAUCAAGAUUGGGGGAAAUUGCACGGGUACGGAGGGGGGGACGAUGAUCACCACCAUGCGGAUGACGACCACCACCCUGCUCCUGUCGAUGUUGUGUCGCACUUGAUCGAUGAUGCGCAUUUCGAUGAACAACAUCAUGAAGAGGAGCGAGCUGCUGUUGAACCUACGCAGCAGAUAACGAAGAAGCUUGAGGGUUUGACUGUCAAGGAUUCUGCCCACGCCAAACCUGCAAAACCAGUUCAGGAGACUUCGACGAAGGUGGAAGGGGCCGAAAAGGCGAAGAAGACUCGGAAGGAGGAGCGACAGGAGCGGUUUGCCAAGGAGCAGGCGGCCAACAAGCAAGCUCCUCAGAAUCAGGCCCAGCAAGGGUCAGACACGUCCGCAGCCGCCGCCAACUCUGCGGUCGGUCUGCGUCAAAUCAUGUCUGAGCAGCAGACCACGAGCAAGCGCGACAAGGAGCACGCCGCGGUCGAAAAGGCAAAAGAACUCCAACGCGAAGCCGAGCUGAUCGAACAGCAACUCCUCGAGCAGCAGAAAGCCGCCGCCUCGGCCCUGAGUUCCGCGUGGACCACCUCGACGGCCGCCCCCGCGGAGAAACCCAAACUCAGCCUCAAGGAGAUCCAAGAAAUCGAGCAACAACGUCGUGAAGCCGAAGAACGCGAGAAGCAACGCCGUGCCCAUGAAGCCAUGAUGCAGCAGGCCGCUUACCUCCAGGAACAGGACGCGCUCUCCGCCUCUCAGGCCUGGGCGAAAGAGCAGGCACAGGGCGCGGCGGUGUGGUCGGGGAAGAAACCGGCGCAGCCUGCGCGGCAGAAAUCGUUGGCGGAGAUUAUGGACGAGGAGGAGAAGCGGAAGCGGAAGGAGGCUGCGGCGAGGGGUGCGAAUCUGGCUGAGACGGUGGCGGCGCCGACGGGGGCAGGAAAGCGGUAUGCGGACACGAUUGUGACUGCUGGGGGUGGGGCUAGUACGAUUUCGUGGGGGUUGGCUGGUGCUGCUGCGGUGCCGGUGAGGCCGUCGACGGGCAGUCGGGCUGCUGCUGUUGUUGCGUCGGGUGAGGUUAUUAAGGGAACGCCACUUGGUGCGAAGGCUGGGGAGGGUGCGCCUGGUGCGUGGAAUGUGGUUGGAAAGCAGGGACAUGUUGUCAAACCACCGGCACCCACCCCCCGCCCAGCCGCCCCAGCCGUGCGGGCUCCUGUCGUCUCGGUACCCCGUUCGGUAGUAGUCAACAGCGCUCUCGCUUCCACUGCCACCGCUCCACCGUCUCAAGCUGCGGCCGCCAAAACGCCUUCGCCCGCGUUCAUGCAGUGGUGUCGAUCAGCGCUGCGUCCGUUGGAACGUAACUCGUCUGCUGGUGUCAAUGUCGGCGACUUCAUAAACAUCCUUCUCUCAAUCUCCCCCACUGAGCCCGCCAUCACCCAAUCUAUCUGCGACGACAUCCUCGGCGGUCUCACCGCCAUCGACCCACGUAAAUUCGCCGACGAGUUUGUGCGCAAACGUAAGGCUGACGCCAGUGGUGAGCCCACAUCCCCGGGAGCGGUUGAGGCCGGGUGGACGGCGGUGGGGAGCGUGGGUGCCGCUGUGCCGGUGGGUGUGGGCGCUGUGGGGUUGGAUACGUUUGAGAGUGGCGGGAAUCGGUUUGUGGUUGUUGGGAAGGGGAGUAAGAAGAAGAAGGGGAAGAAGUAA